AUGAAGAACUUCAAUUUCCUCUUUAUUCACGUCUUGUUGUUAUUGCAUCCGUACUUAUGUUUUUCGGCUUCCUCAAGCAAAGCUUCCCAAAAAGGCAAGGCUAAAGCUGAGGGCCGUCAUGAUAGCUCUCAAGCAUUAGAAAGAGCGAUGAAAGAGAAAGCAAAGGCUGAACGGAAAACGAAUCUCUACUACAGUAAUGUUGAUGAUGCGUUAGCAAAAGGAGUAUCAAUGGGUCAUCCCGGCUAUGACGCCUGGGUCCAUCUUGCAGGAGAGCAUAAAAAGAUAGAAGCCAAUGCAAAAGCUCAUCAAUUAGCUUCGAAAUUUAUUCUCAAAAAUCGUACACCUCACCAAGAGAUUUUUCAAGACCGUGCUGAGAAACUUGACCAUUCUGCAGGCCAAAUAGAAAAGCAAAUGGACUUGGCGAAAGCGAAUAACAACUACGAUCUUGCCCUUCAUAACACUCGUCUUCAUGAGCACCACGAAAGAGUGAAAGAACACGAUGAUACUAUGGCAGGGCUAGAUGAGACUAUCCGUGAGCUCAGCCACUCGAAAUCGCGCAAAAGAACUUGA